AUGGCCUCGUGGGUUGGCAUGCGCGCAACGGCCACGCCGUCCCAGGUGGACGCCGUUGCUCGCGCCAUUCGCAACACCCCGAUCAUCGACCAUCACGCCCACCCGCUCCUCAAGCCGGAAGCUCUUAGCAAAAAGCCCUUGCUAGCCAUCACCACCGGAGCGACCGGCAAUGCAAUCGAUUCGGCUACUACUUCGCUGCCCCAUCUUCGCGCCGUCCGUCAGCUAGCUUCCGUUUUGGGUUGUGGCUACACUUGGGAGUCAGUUGUGGCCGCCAUCGAGGAGAAGCGCUUGGAUUGCCUCGAGGACUGGACGGCUGACUGCCUGUUCGGCAUUGAAACCAUUCUCGUCGACGACGGUCUAGAUACGGAGGACGACGCCCAUGCAUACUCGUGGCAUGACGACUACACGCGGAGCAAGUGCAAGCGCAUCGUGCGCAUCGAGACAAUCGCUGCCGAUAUUAUUCGCCGUAUCGGAAGUGCAUGCGAGAAAUCUGCUCAGACCGAUGACGUCUUCGACGAUGCUUUUGAUGAAUGGGUACAGGAGUUCGACGCCCAAAUCGUGUCCGCCCUCGAGGACCCUGACGUGGUUGGCUUCAAAUCAGUCAUCUGCUACCGUACCGGGCUGGACAUCACGAACGAGUUCAACGAGAUGCAAGAGACACCGGCGCGCGAGGAUUUCAAGCAGCUCAUCGCCAAUUAUGCGCUUCUGAACUUUGAGAGGCUACAGACCAAGAGCCUGAACGACUUGGUGGUGCACCGCACAGCCCAGCUGAUCCAAGACAGUCCUGCCAGACAGAAGAAGCCAAUCCAGUUCCAUACCGGCCUCGGUGACAACGACCUCGCCUUAUCCAAGUCCUCGCCAUCCUUCCUUCAAGACUUUAUCCGCUUGUACCCCACCGUCCCCAUUGUACUUCUCCACGCCGGCUACCCCUUCACGCGCGAGAUGGGAUACCUAGCAACCGUCUACGAGAAUGUAUACGCUGAUAUCGGCGAGGUGUUCCCAUUCGUGAGCCAGGAUGGUCAAGAACGGGUUUUGCGGCAGAUAUUGGAGCUGUGCCCGUGGUCCAAGAUCCUUUGGAGCACCGAUGGGCACUUGUUUCCAGAGAGAUACCUACUAGCUGUCAUCCAGAUGCGGGAAAUGUUCGAGGCGGUCUUAUGCGGCUACGUCCGCAACGGCCACAUCGGUUGGAGGGCUGCUGUCGACCUUGUGCGAGAUGUCCUCUUCAAGAAUGCCAACAAACUCUAUCAUCUAGAACUUGACUUUUCCGAAGUGGAAGAAGAGAGCGCUCUCGCACAGGGUGGAUAUCAAGGCGACGCCGAGCUUCUUCGGGCCUUCUUGAAAGACCAGCCGGCCCCUGAUUUUGUCCGGAUAUGCUGGGUCGACUUCACUGCGUCACAUCGAAUGCGCAUGGUCCCCUUUAGGAAGUUCACAUCUCUCCUUAACGAGGGCAAUUCAACGGAUAUUGGUAUUACCGCCGCUGUAUUCAGCUUACUUCAGAACGACACCAUGAUACCUGGCGCGUCUCCAACUGGCGAAUACCGCCUGCAUCCGGACUUUUCCUCCCUCAAGAGGGGACCGAUCGAAGGGCACAUUAGUCUACACGGCGAGUUCCGCCAGAAAUCCGGCGCGCGGGUGCCCACCUGCCCUCGCUCGGUCCUCCAACGGGCCGUCGAAUACGGCGCCGAGAACCACCUCUCUUUCCUAAUCGGCUUCGAGAUCGAGUUCGUCCUUCUCGAGCGCGUCGAGCAGAAAACCAACAACACCUCCCGCUACUCAGCCCUCACCACCGACGGGCACGCCUGGUCCGUCAGCCGGUCCCUCGCCAACCCCAAAGUCGCCACCCUCCUCCGCGACAUGGUCGCCGCCCUCGCCGACAUGGGCAUCUACGUCGAACAGCUCCACGCAGAGAGCGCCACGGGCCAAUUCGAGCUCAUCCUCCCCCCUUACGCACCCGUCGAAGCCGCCGACACGCUCCUGCACACCCGCGACGUCAUGUCGGCGCUCGCCGCCGCGGCCGGCUUCAAAAUGACCCUCCACCCCAAGCCGAUCCCCCACGCGUGCGGCACGGCCUCGCACAUGCACUUGUCCCUCCUCUCCCCCAACGGCGGCAGCGACAAGCCCGACGUCUACCACCCCUUCUACGCGGGCAUCCUCAAGCACCUGCGCGCCGUGCUGGCCUUCGCCUACACCAACCCGGCCAGCUACGAACGCGUGUCGGACGGCGUCUGGGCGGGCGGGCGCUGGGUCGCCUGGGGCACGCAGAACCGCGAGACGCCCCUGCGCCGCAUCGAGGGCUCGCAUUGGGAGAUCAAGUGUCUGGAUGGGCUGGCGAACCCCUACCUGGCGGUGGCGGCCGUGCUGUUUGCGGGUGUGAGGGGCGUGGUGGAUCGCGAGGUGCUGGUGUGGGGGGAUUGUGAGAUUGAUCCGGCUAAGAUGACGGCGAAUGAUCGGAAGGAGUUGAAUGUGAAUCAGAUGCUGCCAGGGAGUGUGGAGGAGGGGCUGUCGGAGCUGGAGAAGGAUGUGGAGUUGUGCGAGAUGAUGGGGCCGGAGCUGGUGGAAGGAUAUGUGGCGCUGAAGGAAUGUGAGCUGGAGCUUUUGGGGAAGAUGGGCGAUGAGGAGCGCAGGCAGUGGUUGAUGGAGCGGUAUUGA